GGUUGUGGGGCCUGUUCUAGGUGAGGCUGCCCCCUCCCGACAGCAGGGCCUUAGCGGGCCUAGCGUUUCCCUCGGAAGCUCUGAAUGAUUAUGAAUACCUGUAGGGCACAGGACCAAAACACAGUGCGCUACUUCAGAGACUAAAAUUAUACGUGCCCAUUUUUCCACAGCCUGAGAAGACAGUAUUUCUUAAUUCACUUGGAUUAUUUUGGAAAGAGCUACUUUUGCUUCAUCUCACUUUAUGUAUAAGGGAAAGCAUGUUCUUGGUUGUCAGACCACAAUUAUGAAAGUGAGACUGGCACUGACACCAUAAUUGUUCUGUGCCAGUUCAAAUCUUGAGUAGCAGACAUUUUAGUUGGCGCUGUCUGUGCUAUUUAAAUUAUAUUGUAGUAUUAAUAUGAAGGGGUCUCUUCACAGGUGAAUGGUAGUUUAAAUGCAAUGGUAUGUGAUGAUGUUAAUGACAAUGAUCCCCUUUGUGGAUGUUAGACUCAGGCACAUCACAACUGGGCUUUGGCCUAGUGCUCUCCCAGAGCCAGGAUCUAGAAGGAGAUGUGACAGAACCUGAUGCAGGCCACCUGAAGCAGAUGCAACCCCCAGUAGUUAACACUGGCUUGGAGCAAGAGGAGGAGGAACAGGACUCUAAAGAUGUUGAAGAUGUAACAGCACAGUGUGAAGAGGCAAGAUCGGAGAAUGCCUGUUCUGAAACGUCAGAGGCUGUGACCAGCGCCUUCCCUAGAACUCCACAGUUUCAUAAAGGACCUGCCAGAAGCCCACCUUCCCCCUGCCAUCCUGAUAGAAUCCCAGAAGUGAAGGAUCCCGCAAGCUGGCAUUCACAGGAUCCUGAGUUCUUAUCUACUCAGGAGGAUAUGUUUGGCCAGAGCAGCGCAACAGAGGGUUGCAGUGUUACCUCCAGAGAGGAAGAAGAAAGUUCUUCGGUAUCUACGCCUGCUGAUCCCCUACAUGUUCUUCAUCUCUCUGGACAGGGCCCGCCUUCCACGUGUCCUUCAGCUCAUGCUGCAUCAUCUCCUGGGGUCUUUCAACCUGUGCCUCUCAUCAUUCCAAGAAGUCCAACAAACGAGGAAGCAGAAGCAGGAAAGCAGGAAGAGGACUCCGUGGCAAGCUGUGCUCCAGGACAGGUGCAGGCACCCGCAGCUGUCUUUCAGGAGGCGCCAGCGUUUGCGCCAACACUGAUCGUACCAUCACAACCCGAGUUUUCCCAUGAUACCUUUCUCCCAACCCUGAGCUUGGAGGAAAGGACCAAGGCACAAGCAGAGAAAGGGGACCUUUCUGAUGCUCGCCUGCCAUCAGAUGGCUCUCAGGUGCCCGAGGCAGCAGCGGUGGCCCCUUUCACGCAGGCCGUUUCUCCAUUGCACUCGGGCGAGGCAUGUGCUUUGGCACUGUCUGCGAGUGGAUACAGCCAGUCCACGGAAGGGGAGGCUAGGGUGGCACAUCCUGAGCAACUGACGGCAGCACCUCGCGGGGCCUCGGCGGAGAAGCUCUGCUCGGCUGACCACUGUGACAGGCAGCAGUUCGGUGAAGACCGCCGGUCCACGUCUGGGCAGCCAGCAACAGGUGCCUUCAGUCGCCAGGCUGGAGCGAGCGAGACCCUCAGAAAUGAGGAUGAGCUGCUGGCCAAGAGAGCCUCGCGGCCAGACUGCACAGCCGUUCCAGAGACGCCUCGUGAGGAACAAGAAGAAGCUACGUUGCCAAGCGGUGAAGAGUCUUCCUUUCACCUGCUGCGUUCUCAGGACAGAGCGGCAGUGCAGCAGAUGGAACCGUGUGCAGCCAGGAGGGAAACUCAAGACGUGCCCCAGGAAUCUGGAGAGCCAGUACCCGUGGAGCCCGCAAGCCUGCAGGGCGACUCCAGGGGCGAUGCAGCGGAGGCCAGUCUGGAAGGGCACAGCAGGUCCCCGAGGGCCAGUCCUGCAGUGGUGCUGGAGCUGCCUGAGACCCAGCCCGAGUGGGAGUGCAGCAGGCGCCAGCAGCGGAUGGGGCAGGGAAGCUGGCCCACGGGCGGGGAAGCAGUCUGGCCGGAGAAGAGCCCGCCUCUGCUGCCCUCGGGAGGAGAGGCAGAUUCGCUGAGGGCGCUGGAGAAGAGGCACGCGGUGCUGCAGCAGCAGGGCGAGGCGGGGCCAGGCCCCCUUCGAGGGAGGCCGCCGAUCCCCGGAAGCGAAGCAGCCGUGCCGGGGAGCCUGCCUAUGUCUUACAAGGGAGGAGCGACCGUGCGCCAGGCGGCCCGUCUGGGGGCCGCGGAGAACCAGGGGGAGAGACCGCAGCAGCCAGUGGGGCUGCGGGGAGAGGCGCUGCUCUGCCAAGGGGCCCCUCCCACAGUGGCCGGCUUGCCCACGGAAAGCCCCCGUCUUUUCCCCUUGGUGAAGGAGCGGGGUGAUGCUCAGCCCUUGACAACCACCACUCCGCCUUUCAUUGAUCAGCUCAAGAAAGGGCCGAGACGACACAGCACUCCUAUUGUGGCUGGAAGUUGUCCAGACAGCACCAUCACAACCAGUGAUGUCACAGCAGAGGACGCCGGUGACGGCACCGUGGAGAGCACUUUGGCUUCUGCCGAGAUGGAGGAGGAGGCUCACGGGGGGAGGCUCGCGGUUGCUCGGGAGGAGGAAGGGAAGCUCUCGCUGCGGAUGAGCCUCGUCAUGCCUGUUUCUGAGGAGAGUGACGAGUCUGUGCCCUUCAGCCUGGAGAAGCCUGCAGUCAGUGAGAAGAGCCCCGUCACAAGAACUUUUUCCAGCUCUCGAAAGAUGACAUCUGUGUUUUCUCAUGUCUGUGAAGCCCAGCAUGAAGACAAGGGCCAAGAUCCUGAGCUCUCUCAUUUAUCAUUGAGGAGUGACCCGUUUGAUUUCCCACCUUCGAAGGAGGAAGAGGAGGAGGAGAAGCUGCCAGCUGGAACUGUGCAGAGCCGAGAGAGGCCUGCGUCAUCGGAUUGCAAACCUGUUGGGGACUCCGGGCUGAGUGCGGAGAGAUCAGUGGGCUGCACAGAGGAGGAAGAGGCCAUGGAGCUGGGCACUGUGUGGACGGCCCCAGAGAAGCCCAAUUCACUUCUUACUGCAGAAGGGAGUGAUCAAGGCCCCGUGGCAAAGGCUGGCUCCAGGAGCAGGGGUGUCCAGACGGGCGGAGAGCUGCUUCAGGGCCUGGCAGCCUUCAUGACAGCGGCCACACAGACAACCUCUCGCAGCCAGGUAGAAGCAGGAACCAGCAUGUUCGGGGUGUGGCCUGAGCAGCAGCAUGCGAACGUGCAAACAGAAGACCCCGCCUGGAAGCCGAGUGGGGAAGAAUUUGAUUUGCCUCACCCACCUGCAGGCAGAGUUCUGCGGCGUCAUAUGCGAACAAUUCGUGAAGUGCGCACUGUUGUGACACGGGUCAUCACAGAUGUCUACUACAAGGAUGGGGUAGAAGUGGAUCGCAGGGUGGUUGAGGAGAGUGAGGAGCCCGUAGUGGAAUGCCAGCAGUGUGAGUUGGAGGUCUCUCCUUCCCACACAAGGAGCUCCUCGUUAGCCUCUGGAGACCUCGGAGACAUCAGCUCCUUCUCAUCUAAGGCCUCGGGACUCCAACAUACCUCCAGUGGAGGAAGCAGCGGUCUGUUGGCUGCUCACAGUGCUGCCAGUUCUGGCCUAGGAAGUGGGCCACCCAGAGGGGGAGCUGGCCAAGGAACGGCAUCUGGAGACGGCGUCUUGCUUCCUGGGAGAAAGCCAAGCCCCAAGAAGGCGGGUGGCCAGCCCUGCUUCCCAGCCCAGAUGGACCAUGCACCAGUUGCCGUGUGUGAGGAUGAGGAAGAGCAAGGCCUGAGCAACCAGAAGGGCUGGAGUGUCCCUCUUACUCCUCGUGGACGAGGGAGAAGAGGCCGUCCCAUUUCACGGUCGACGGGAACAAGGGGCGGACUGCCGGCGAUGGCGGAUCUUGCAGCGGCCACUUCAUCUGAGGAGAAACGUUCUGCGCACCUGACAGGUCCCCGUGAGGGACGGGAGCAGGCCACCACCUCGUUGCGCCGCAGCAGCUCCCCCGAAAUCCCCCUGCAAGAGCGGCUGGGCCUUUCGGAGAGCACAGAGCUCUCCUCCUCCUCCGGGAACAGCCUUGUGGGCCUCCGCGUGGUGGCCAAAUGGUCUUCGAACGGCUACUUCUACUCGGGAACCAUCACACAGGAUGUCGGCAGCACCAAGUACAAGCUGCUCUUUGAUGAUGGCUAUGAGUGUGACGUUCUGGGCCGAGAUAUCCUGCUGUGUGACCCCCUCCCCCUGGAAACAGAAGUGACCGCCCUCUCCGAAGAUGAGUACUUCAGUGCAGGGGUGGUGAAGGGUCACCGGAAGGAGUCUGGGGAACUCUUCUACUGCAUUGAGAAGGACGGGCAGCGGAAGUGGUACAGGCGGACAGCAGUCAUCUUGUCCCUGGAGCAAGGCAAUCGGCUCCGGGAGCAAUUUGGGCUCGGCCCCUAUGAGCCCCUCACUCCACUGAAUAAGGCAGCGGAUAUCAGCCUAGAUAACCUUGUGGAAGGAAAGCGGAAGAGACGCAACCUUGGCUCCCCAAGCACUUCCAGGAGCGCGGGACCCCUUCGCAAGCGCUCUGAAAGUCCCACAGCACCCCACAGAUCGCCGCUGUCUGGCAAGAGGAAGCUGGCCAUCUCUGAUGAGGAGAGGUCCCCAGGCAAGCGCAGGCGACCGGCUCCUUCCAAGGCAGGCACCAGGGAGAUGGAGGACCCACCGAGCAGCAGAGGGGACUCUGGAAAUCUCCUGGCGGUUGAGGACCGGUGGGGACCUUUGCCCCUCAACAAGACCCUUUUUUUAGGCUAUGCCUUCCUUCUCACAAUGGCAAGCCCUGCGGAUAAACUUCCCAGUUGCCGGAAAAUUGCCGUGAACAACGAAGAGGAAGAAGAAUUUUUGGACAGAGCACCUUUCGACAAACACUAUUUGGAACUGCAGCUACAAACUGGAGGUGGUUUUAUCCUGGAGGACUUCAAUGAAAGUCAGUGCAGUGUGGCUUCUCAGUGUCUUCUGAUAGCCGAUCAGCACUGCCGCACCCGGAAAUACUUCCUAUGCCUUGCGCGAGGAAUACCGUGUGUGUCUCAUGUUUGGGUCCAUGACAGUUGCCAUGCGAACCAGCUCCUGAACUACCGGAAUUACUUGUUGCCAGCAGGUUACAGCCUGCAUGAGCAGAGACUGCUGGAGUGGCACCCCCGAAAGAACCCUUUCCAUAAAUUGAAGGUGCUUCUAGUGUCUGAUGAGCCACAAAACUUCUUGGAACUCUGGUCAGAGAUACUUAUGAUCGGGGGAGCGGCUUCUGUUAAGCAGCAAGCAUCAGCCUCAUGGAACAAAGAUGUGAGCGUGGGUGUGUUUGAUGUGGUGGUGACCGACACUUCCUGCCCACCUGCAAUCUUGAGAUGUGCUGCAGCAUUGCAGCUGCCAGUGGUAACCCAGGAGUGGGUGAUUCAGAGCCUCAUUGCUGGGGAGAGAGUCGGAUUCAAGCACCCAAGGUAUCAGCAAGACCAGAUUCCUCGUUGACUCUUCCUUUUUGCUUUGUGGAAACUGUCAUCAGAUUUUAAUUUUUUUUUUUUUUUUUGUAACUUGACAUGUGCAUGAAGUGCUUGUAUAUAAUUUUAACUUCUGGACUUUUAUGAUACAAUUAAUAAAUGUCAAUUUUCUUGUUGUA